AUGUCUCAAUUGACAAAUUCAAAGACAAGGAAGCUUACGAGGAAGCAUUUUUCCAAAAUCCUAAAGUUACCUGUAUCAGGUACUUUCUAUGAAGUUUCUACUGAUCAAGAGCUUUAUCAACAUGAAGGUAUUUUAGCUCCUUUUGAUGUCAAACCUAUUGAGUUUUUGACUAUUGCUACUCUAAGGAUUGUUAUUGAUGAUCCAUCUGUAUUUCCUACUGUUGCUCAUCUUCUAGAUGCGAUGCUCAAGCUGGUUGAUCCUCAAAAUCCACUUCUUGUGCAAUAUUUGGAUUCUAUUGACUCAUGUAUAUCUAUUGUUGUUCUUCUAUUGAAAGGGGUUGAAGCAAAGAAACCCAAUGAUUCCCUAGUAAAGCAAUCUAUACAAGACCCAGAAAUUGAAGCUACUGAGCAAACAAAAAUUGAUUCUUUACAUACUCAUUCUUCUCAUAAGGGUAUUAAAAGAUUCGAAAGCCUUAGUUCAACAAGAAAGGGGUUUUGUUCAGAAAAAUUCUGUGCUUGGAACACCUCGAAUGGAUUCGAGGUGAUAAGAGAUCCUGAUAUCACUGUAUAUGUAUCUCAUACGAAUAUAAACAUCAAUUCAAAUGAUCAGCCAUCUAUAUCUAUCCUUGAGAAGACUAAUGUCAUACCAACCUGGGUUUCAACAACUAAGUCCAAUAUGGAAGUAGUUCAAUCUCCAGACAUCCCUGUAGACUUAUCUGAUAAGGACACAAAUGUCAACAUGGGUGAAGGGGUGCAGAAUAAAGAAUCCUUUGUUAAUUCUACUUUUGAGACUUCAACCAUUCCCAUUUCAACCAUCAUCUCAUCUACACUAAAAACUACUACAGUUGAAACCUCCACAACUUUACUACCUAUUUCAUCACCCAUAACAAUUUUAGUUCAUGUUCCAACCAUCUCACCAAUACACUUCAUCAUCAUGCAUGAACAAAUUACCACUCUCUUCUCUUCUCAAUCCACUAAAGUUGAGAAGGUGAUCUAUGAAGAAGAACCUAAUGAUGAUGAGAUGAUGGUAUCUUUUGUUGAUCUUCAAUUCGAUCCUAAGAAGGAAAAUGUUCCUGAUGAUUUAAUUAUCUCAAGUAAAAAAUUCAAAAUCCUCAACUCCAAAAUAAAUUGUCUUCUUCAAAUACAAGCAGAUACUGGGGGGAGGAAUUUUGUUACUAGGGUCGAGAUGGAGUAUUUGUUGAAAUCUCAAGAAAAUUGA